GUCUUUCAGAAUGAGUCUCGCGGCUUCCGUCCAAACCCACGGCGGCCUAGCGCAGCUCCUGCUCUCAUGCCUCGCCGGCGACCGCCUCCACCGCCUGCUGCCGUUGGCCCACGCCCGCGCCGUCGUCACCGGCGCUCUCCCAGACCUCUUCCUCGCCAACCUCCUCCUCCGCGCCUACUCCAAGCUCGGCAGAGUCCGCGACGCCCGCCGCCUGUUCGACCGAAUGCCCCACAAGAACCUCGUCUCCUGGGGCUCCGCAAUCUCCAUGCACGCGCAGCACGGGUGCGAGGAAGACGCGGUGGCACUCUUCGCGGCCUUCCAGAGAGCCUCCGGCGGUGAGGCGCCCAACGAGUUCUUGCUCGCUAGCGCCCUGAGGGCCUGUGCACAGUCGAGGGCGGUUUCGUUCGGCCAGCAGGUGCAUGGCGUUGCUGUGAGGAUUGGUCUGGAUGGGAAUGUCUAUGUUGGGACUGCGUUGAUCAACUUGUAUGCGAAGGUUGGCUGCAUUGAUGCGGCCAUGUUGGUCUUUGAUGCGCUCCCGGUGAAGAACCCGGUUACUUGGACUGCGGUGAUCACGGGCUACUCUCAGAUCGGGCAGGGUGGAGUUGCAUUGGAGUUGUUUGGGAAGAUGGGGCUUGACGGUGUAAGGCCUGACAGGUUUGUGCUCGCAAGUGCUGUUAGCGCUUGCUCUGCACUGGGCUUUCUAGAAGGUGGCAGGCAAACACAUGGUUAUGCAUAUCGAAUUGCAGUGGAAACGGAUGCGUCUGUGAUCAAUGCGCUGAUCGAUCUGUAUUGCAAGUGCUCCAGGCUCUCAUUGGCCCGCAAGCUGUUUGAUUGCAUGGAGAACCGUAAUCUUGUGUCUUGGACAACAAUGAUCGCUGGAUAUAUGCAGAAUUCGUGCGAUGCUGAAGCCAUGGCCAUGUUCUGGCAGCUGAGCCAGGAAGGGUGGCAGCCUGAUGUUUUUGCUUGCGCAAGUAUAUUGAACUCGUGUGGCUCUUUGGCAGCGAUAUGGCAAGGAAGGCAGGUACAUGCUCAUGCCAUAAAGGCUAAUCUAGAGUCUGAUGAGUAUGUCAAGAAUUCUCUCAUUGACAUGUAUGCUAAAUGUGAGCAUUUAACUGAAGCAAGAGCAGUGUUUGAAGCCUUGGCAGAAGAUGAUGCAAUUUCUUACAAUGCAAUGAUUGAAGGAUAUUCAAGGCUAGGUGAUCUUGCAGGAGCAAUUGAUGUAUUCAGUAAAAUGAGAUAUUGCUCUCUAAAGCCAAGUCCACUGACAUUUGUUUCACUCCUUGGGGUGUCGUCGUCUCAGUCAGCCAUUGAACUGAGCAAGCAGAUUCAUGGUCUCAUUGUCAAAUCAGGAACUUCAUUGGACCUAUAUGCAGGGAGUUCUCUAAUCGAUGUCUAUUCGAAGUUUUCCCUUGUGGAGGAUGCCAAAGCUGUAUUCAAUCUGAUGCACAACAGGGACAUGGUAAUAUGGAAUGCCAUGAUUUUUGGUCUUGCACAGAAUGAGCAAGGGGAAGAGGCUGUAAAGCUCUUCAAUCAGCUUCAAGUCUCUGGAUUAGCACCUAAUGAGUUCACAUUUGUUGCACUAGUGACUGUGGCAAGUACCCUGGUAAGCAUGUUUCAUGGUCAGCAGUUCCAUGCCCAGAUCAUCAAAGCAGGUGCUGACAGUGACCACCAUGUUUCAAAUGCUCUCAUAGACAUGUAUGCAAAGUGCGGCUUCAUCAAAGAAGGGCGGCUGUUGUUUGAGUCAACGUUGGGAAAGGAUGUCAUUUGUUGGAACUCCAUGAUUUCGACUUAUGCUCAGCAUGGUCAAGCUGAGGAAGCUCUUUAUGUUUUCAGGAUGAUGGGAGGGACUGGAGUCGAACCGAACUAUGUGACUUUUGUUGGCGUGUUGUCAGCAUGUGCUCAUGCAGGCCUCGUGGAUGAAGGUUUACGCCAUUUUGACUUCAUGAAAACAAAAUAUGCUAUCGAACCAGGCACCGAGCACUAUGCUUCUGUGGUCAAUCUUUUUGGUCGUUCAGGGAAACUGCAUGCUGCCAAGGAGUUUAUUGAAAGGAUGCCAAUUGAACCAGCUGCAGCUGUUUGGAGGAGUUUGCUGAGUGCCUGCCAUCUGUUUGGUAAUGUUGAAAUCGGGAGGUAUGCCACUGAAAUGGCGCUCUUGGCGGAUCCUGCAGACAGUGGCCCCUCUGUUCUAAUGUCAAAUAUUUAUGCCUCUAGAGGACUGUGGUCUGAUGCGCAGAAGCUGAGGCAGGGGAUGGAUUGUGCUGGGGUAGUGAAGGAACCAGGAUAUAGCUGGAUUGAGGUGAUGAAGGAGGUUCAUACGUUCAUUGCACGGGGACGAGAGCACCCGGAGGCAGAUGUGAUAUAUUCUCUACUGGAUGAGCUGACAAGUAUACUUAAAAAUGGUGGAUAUCUUCCUGAUACCUCUGAACUUACUUUGCUUGAUGAAUGGCUGAUGAUGAUAACCCAUGGUGAUUGUCACUGAAGAUGGCAUGGAUCAUCUCCAGAGAUAUGG